AUGUAUUCUCAACCAUUAUAUGAUCAAGCAUACCCUGUGCUAACUCCAGUAUCAAUUCCAAUUAUUAUGUCCGAUAAACAUAACUAUCAUUAUUUACCCCAUUCAUCUGGUUCACAUCCAAUAGAUCAUAACUUACAUCCAAUUCAAAAUCAUCAAAAUCAUCAAAUUCAACACCAAAUCGUCAAUAAUAAUGGACCUACUCCAAUAGUAGUAGAAGAAUCAGCAUCGCCACCUCCAGCUCCACCGGUGAAAAGAAAAAGAGGAAGACCUCCAAAACCCGAUUCGUUAUCAAAUAAGAUAACAACUACUAUAAAUAUUAAUGUCAAUACGUCUCCAUUAAGUAAUAGUCCCUCGGCUGAAUCUAAUUCCAAUCUGAUGGUUAAACAAGGUGCUCCUGAUUUUUUCACUCCAUUAAUGAGAGUAUCACCAACUACUAGAUCAACUAGAAGAAAACGUAAGAAUUCAACUGCUUCAUCAUUAGGGAAUUCACCCAUGUUAGCUAAGAAAUCAAAAUCUAUGAGUAGUCAUGGUCAUGGUCAUACUAACCCAUUGAUUACUCCAUUAUCUUCAGUAGCUGCUGAACGAUCAUUGGAUACUCCUCAUCAUCAUUAUCAUCCAAUCAAUUCAAAAGUCAUGGAAAACAUCUCAUUGAUUACUCAAUCGAAUGAGACGGCCGCUGGUCAUCCUGGACAUGUUGCUUAUUUCGAUGCUACACCUCCAUCAGCUAUUCAACAGAAUUUGUCUAGUUCUCCUCCAAGAGUGGAAGGUACGAUGAUGAUGGUUCCUAGAUUACCUACAGAAAUGCAUCAGCAAGGGGUAAUACCUUAUGAUAAUUAUUUACCAGUAUCUUCUUCCUCCUCCUCGUCAUCACGUAAAUCGUCAACCAAGGAAUCUCCCACGAAAUCAAACUUAUUACCUGCUGCUUCCCUUUCUGAUAAAGCUACAAAGAAGAGUAAUACCGGGGAUGAUCAAAAGAAAGCAAAAUCAUGUGAUACUAGCGGCUCUUCACAAGAUUUCCUGUUGAGAUUAAUGAUUGAUGAUCUGGGUAAGGCAAUAUUAUCUAGUGAUUUCUUUGCUACUCCUCCAAAUAGUAGCAGUGCUCUUACUGUUGCUGCUAGUGGAGAAUCAAAACUGGGCCCACAAGAAACAACAGAACAACAAGAAAAAACUUGGGUUCCAAAAUUAGUUCAUUCAAAUUCUGUUAUUGGAAUUGAAUCAAUGGCACACCUUCAACAAUUACAACAAGAUCAAGAAGAGCACCCUCCUCCCCCUUUAAGAAGAUAUAAUUCUGAUAUAACUGGAAUCUUACCCCAAAUGACUAAUUCCACCCCAUAUAUGUCGUCACAACAACAAUUAUCUACAAUUGCUGAAAAUAUCUUCAUACCACAAACUCCAAAGGAUUCAUUAAGUAAUUAUUUGAAUACUUCUUCUAAUAUUGGGUCAACUGGAUUAACCCCUAUAUUCAAUUUAACUCCACAAUUUAAUUCAUUGAUGUAUUCAAUGAUGAAUUUAAAUAGUCCAAAAAGGACAACUAAUUUAAAUGGUGCUCAUUUAAUUAAUCAAGAUUUCUUUAUAUCUCAACAAUCACAAUCACAUCCUCCUCCAAUAAUGCAUCAACAGCAAUAUCAACAACAGCAUCAGAUGAUGUCACAUCAGCAUCUGCAACAGGAGCAGCUCCAAGCAGAUGCUGGAUUAGAAGUAGUACGCCCACAAGUACAAAAUACAACACAACAACAACAACAGCAAUUGGGCAUUAAGAAAGAAGGCGGAGAAACUGUAAACAUAACCGAUUUGAUCAAUGAUAAUGGGCAUAAUAAAGAAAAUAUGCCUAGUGGUGGUGCUGGUGCUGGUGGUACCAAUGGGUCAGGUGAUAGUUCCGAAUCUACUUCAUCAAGUGAAGAUUCAGGAGAUGCGAGGUUGGCGUUAAAGAAGAUUAUUCAUGUUAAUACAAAACAAACAAAUUAA